AAAAUAAGAAAGAGAGAAAAAAUAAGUGUCUCAUUCUACAAAUAUAUAUAACAACAGCCUUCAAUCUUCCAUAUCUAUCUCUCUCCCUCUGCUCGGCGAGAAUAAUCACUUAAUCAGACAUCAGAAGCAGCAUGAUGAAGUUCAAGUUCCAGUACGAGGAGGUCUCUGUCUCUCUUGAUUUCCAUCUCUCUCUCUCUCUGCCCAUCCUUUAGUUUAGUUGCCUUUUCUUCUUCUUCUAUGUUCCUAAUUCCUAUGAUAUAUAUAGAUCAGGCCUGUUCUUAACAUUGUAAAACACAGGAAUACAUCAAAAACUCGAGAGACGUUGAGUUGUUCGCUUGCAGAUGGCUUCCUUCUUCUUCUCCCCGAGCUCUAGUCUUCCUCUGCCAUGGUUAUGGAAUGGAGUGCAGUAGCUUCAUGAGAGAAUGCGGAAUACGGCUGGCAUCAGCGGGAUAUGCAGUGUUUGGGAUGGACUACGAGGGGCAUGGUCGGUCCAAGGGUGCUCGUUGCUAUAUAAAAAAAUUCAGUAAUAUAGUAAAUGACUGCUUUGACUAUUACACAUCCAUCUCUGCACAAGAAGAAUACAAAGAGAAAGGUAGAUUUUUGUAUGGAGAAUCAAUGGGAGGUGCAGUUGCUUUGUUGCUUCACAAGAAAGAUCCUUCUUUUUGGAACGGGGCUCUUCUCGUUGCUCCCAUGUGUAAGAUAUCAGAGAAGGUGAAACCACACCCAGUAGUCAUAAAUCUACUAACGAGAGUUGAAGAUAUUAUACCAAAAUGGAAGAUAGUUCCUACAAAAGAUGUUAUCGAUGCUGCCUUCAAGGAUCCGGUCAAGCGCGAAGAGAUAAGGAACAACAAGCUGAUAUAUCAAGACAAGCCAAGACUUAAAACCGCACUUGAAAUGCUUAGAACGAGCAUGGACCUUGAAGACACUCUCCACGAGAUCACAUUGCCUUUCUUUGUCCUUCACGGUGAAGCAGACAUUGUGACUGAUCCAGAGAUAAGCAAAGCCUUGUUCGAGAAGGCAAGCACACGCGACAAAACCAUUAAACUUUACCCAGGAAUGUGGCAUGGAUUAACUUCUGGUGAGCCUGAUGCUAACGUUGACCUCGUUUUUGCUGACAUUGUCAAUUGGCUUGAUGCUCGUACCGGCGACUCCGCUUCUCUGACAGUCACUCCCGUACAUGAUUUUACCUCCAAUGUUCAAAAGGUCGUUGACGGUGUUAGUAACGGUCAAGGAAAAUCUAAACGACCACAAGCUAGUCUCCUUUGUGGUUUAAAUGGUGGUGGACGUCGUUUGGUCCAUAGAUCUUCUAUGUAAUGAUAAACUAAACAGAGAAGAAUCUGUUUUAUUUUGUACUUCAGAUUCGUUUUCCUAAAUCAAACCACCAUCGUGUCCAAACUAAAAUACAUAGACUUCUUGUAAGUUGUAACGAAACACAAAACAGCUACACGAUCUUUCUUUACAUGUUUGAAGGAAGAGAAUCUCUGGACUUAUAUAUGAAUAUUUAAUGGGCUUUAGUCUCCUCAGGCCCAAUAAAUAAGUGGGCUUAAAUUUACCCCUCUUAAACCGCCAUUGUACCACUUGAUUUUCUCGAGUCCCUUCUUCAUCACGAAAGCGGGAUUUAGCGUUA